CAUUCUUCCCACGGCAAGUAGGCUACGGUGGUAGCGUUGGGUGAGUCGACAAGUCGAUGGACUCGGAUUCGGUUGUGCGGCUAGACGGUGAGAGGUUCUUGUGCUUGGUUUAGUGACAUAGUGUUCGAUUUUCCGUGGUGGCGAAUAUAUGGAUGUGAAAAAGUAAAAAACGACAAAAAAAGACAAAAAGGAUGUUGGUCGGCCUGUAUGCGAUCGUCGUCGCUUUUUUUCUGCCUCGGAUCGCCGCCCAUGGUCGUCUCAUUGAGCCGCCAAGUAGGGCUUCUGCGUGGAGAUAUGGAUUUGACACCCCUCACAAUUAUAACGACCAUGAACUGUAUUGUGGGGGGUUUACGAGGCAAUGGGUGAAGAAUGAGGGGAAAUGUGGGGUUUGUGGUGAUGCCUGGGAUGUUAAAACACCCCGGCCCCACGAAUUUGGCGGCACUUACGGCCAGGGUCUCAUCGUCCGCAAAUAUGGCGUCGGCUCCGCCAUUACCAUCCGCGUGGAACUCACAGCCAACCACUUCGGCUACUUCACCUUCGCCAUCUGCCCCAACUAUAAAACCACCACACAAGAAUGUCUCGACAAACACAUUCUACAACUAGCUAAACCCCAAGAGGGCGUCGACCACCAAGGCAUUCGUUUCUACCCCAAAGCAGGCAAUUCGGUCUACGAAAUGAAAUACCGCCUACCGAAAAAAUCGUGUGAGCACUGCAUUCUUCAGUGGCGCUACAUCGCGGGCAACAACUGGGGCAACUGCCCCAACGGUACGGGGGCUGUGGGUUGUGGCCCUCAGGAAGAAUUCCGCGCCUGCGCCGAUAUACAGAUAUCAGGCAAAGGGGUGGAGACUAUGGUGCCGGAGGUGGAAACUACGACCACGACUACCGUGGCCCCGCCCUCAUGGGAGGAGUCGCAGAGCCCAGUUACUGCUUUUAUUAUCAAUGUUGUUUCUUUUUUAGUAGUGUGUUUAGUUUUGUUCCUUUUAUAUUUUCAUUUUUACCGAGUUGGUAGACAACUGAAGGAUUGGUUGAAGGGAAAGGGAGAGGGAGAGAAGGUGGUGCCCAUUGCACCGCCGAGGACGAGGAGGCCGAAAGGGAGCGAGAAGGAAGGGAUGGAUGAGGUGGAUUUGGGCGGAGACAGUGUGGCGUAAUGGGAGGAGCUGGAAGUGGUUUUGAUUGAUGAAUAAUAUUUAUUCACCCAUGUACGCACUGAGUUGGCACUGAUGUAUUUAUUGUAGGUUAGAUUGUAAAUAAAGAUAUU